GCCAACACCGACAUCUCCCGCUUCUUUCUUCACAAGCUACUGUUGAGCUCUUCCUCAUUGCUCUGACGCACUCGUGAUACAAUCAACCCACCCAGAUUAUCGCCCUAACGAUUUUAAAAUCAUCUGUGCACCAAUUGUUUACACCGUGUAAAUUCCGAAAUAAUCAAAGUGCAAGUAAAUGGAGAACGAAAAGAUCGAAUCAAGCGCAACACUUGCAUGGACGCAUCAAAAAAUCAGAAUACCAUCGAGAGAAUCGAUAGAUAAUAAAUUGGAAAGCCUCUGGGGAUUUAAAUUGUCAGACCUAACGAAUUAUGAGAGAUUUGUCGAGCUACUUUACAGACCGACAGACGGUGCUAGCCUGGGAGUGGCAAGAGCCCUUUUCGGUCUGUGCAUGGUAAUUGACGUAGUGGAGGAGCGAGGGCUCUCUGACAUCGAUUUAAAAUGGAGAAACACCCACGCUUGUCACUUUCCCCUGAUUCACGGUAUGAAUCAGCCUCCACUCCCCUACAUGAUCCUCCUGUACACAGUGAUGUGGCUUGGAGCCUUUGGAAUAAUGCUAGGUCUCUUCUUCCACCUCUCCUGUGCUUGUUUCGUCCUCCCUUACUGGUACAUCUUCAUCCUGGACAAAAGCUUCUGGAACAACCACUCGUACCUCUACGGUAUCAUUGGAAUUCUACUCUGGGGAACAGACGCCAAUCGCUACUGGGCCCUAGACACAAGACUAUCAAAAAAACCAGCAACAGUUCCCCUGUGGAACUACUUCAUCCUGAAAUUCCAAUUUUUCGCUCUAUAUUUUCUAGCAGGAUUGAAAAAAUCCAGCAGAGAGUGGCUGGAGGGCUACUCCAUGAUGAAUUUAUCAGAGCACUGGGUUUUUGAUCCCUUCAAACUCCUCCUGACAACCGCCCAGACAGAUUUUCUCAUCGUUCACUGGUUCGGCUUUAUUUUUGAUCUAACCGUCGGCUUCUGGCUUCUCUUCGACACCACGAGAAUACCAGCAAUGAUAUUCUGCGCAGCAUUUCACCUCAUGAAUUCAAGACUCUUCAGCAUCGGAAUGUUUCCCUACGUCUGUUUAGCGACGAUGGGGCUAUUCUGUCACGUUGACUGGCCGAGAAAGAUAAUUACCUCGUUAACGGGCAGAAGCUGCGAUACGGGCGAGAAAAAAUCUGAGGACACUUGUCCUUCAGAAACGGAAGAAUCAGACGAGAGUGAGAGCCAGAAUAAACCAGUGAGUGGUUGGAUACCACGACCCAUUCCCCCAGAGGAAAAAAUCACCCCAAAACCCAGAAAGAAGCAGAAAAUAGUUGUCGGCUUUCUCCUUCUCCACGUAAUCCUCCAACUAUUUCUCCCCUACUCUCACUUCAUCACCAGAGGCUACAACAACUGGGUAUCAGGAUUGUACGGCUACUCCUGGGACAUGAUGGUCCACAACUGGGACACUAUUCUCAUCGUAGUGAAGGUCCACGACAACGAGAGCAACGAGGACCACUUCCUCGAUCCCCAAGCCUGGGUGCAAAAUGAAAAAUGGUCAAAACACCCAGACAUGGUGAUCCAGUACACCCAGUGCGUAAAGACUCAAUUGCUCACAAAAAAACAGGAAUUCCUCGAGUCGAGAAGAAAAACAGAGAGCGAAUGGUCGAGACUGUCCUCGAAUCUCAGUAUUUACGUGGACGUCAGGUGCUCCCUGAACAGUAGAUUCCAGCAGAGGAUCUUCGACCCGAACAUCGACAUGCUGAUGGCCGACUGGCACCCCCUCAAACCUGCCAGCUUUCUGAUGCCACUUUUAACUCAGUACAACUCAUACAGACAAAAAAUGGAGGAGAUAACUCAGGAAGUCUACACCUGGUCCAACUACACCGACGUCCUCUUCGUGGCUGACUACCCCAGCAUGAAAAUGGAGAAUUACUUCAGCCUCGAAUUCUCAAACGUAACGUUAACUGUCCUCGAGGGACAGGUGACCUACUCCGAGGAGAAUUGGCAAUCAACAGUCACCGUUGAUAAAGACAAUCGAGUGUCAGUGACACCAGGAAAGCUCCACGAAAUUACAACAGUCAGUGCCUAUCCAUCUUGCUACAUGUACACAUACACCAAUCAAACUAAAGAGCAAUUGGCGGUUAAUGGAAUAACCGAGCCCUCGAGGAAACGAAUAGGCUUCCCAAUUCUCAAGGAAAUUCAAUACAAGGUAAACGCCUGGUGGCGAGCACUCGGUCAUAUAACAAACGCAUUCUUCUACCUAGUUUACGACGUGCCGAUGGUUCGACGUGUGCCAAGAGAGACAAACUACCACGAAGACAAUCGCCGAUAAUCCUCCUGGUAAACUCUCAGUAUUAAAACUCUUAACAGUCUUCUGUGAUUUUAUUUAAACGAUUUGAUUGAGUCAGAGUGAAAAUAUAUAUUAGCAAUCCUCGUCAAGAUAAAGUGAUUAAAUCAUCAAGAAUUUUAAUUAUCCAAACGAAAAUAUUUAUGCAAAUUGUUAUCUAUUUUGGAAGUGAUAUGAAUAAAGAGACUGUGUGUUUUAAUGAAU